GUCCACAAGCGGCUCGGACUUUUUCCUGUCAGAGAACUUGGUUCCCUUCGCCGUCGGAGCUGCCUCUGAUAUUCUUCCAACGAGCACCAAGACAUAAACAGAGGCAGAAGGAGUAAUACGCAGACCCUACCCCUCUGUCCAUUGUGCACCUGGGCGACGUUGAGACAAACUUCCCGACUCUUGCGGGUAUGUGUUCAUCCAGUCGGGAUUCGGACAAGUUACAACUGCGAAGGCGCGGGUGCACUGGGCGAUCUUGAACUGGAUUCCCCGUAAUCUCUUGAGAGCCUAUCUGGUGUACAUGCCCCUCGUGUGCGCACUCCUUCCCUCUCCCACUCACAUUAUCCCCCGUCCUUCCCAGAUCAUCACCACCAACCCGACCCACAACCAUGGCCGAAAGCGCCAAAAAGAUUCCCGAGCACCGCCUGCAGCAGUUCAAAAACCGCGGAGCCUGGAAUGCGGAGGACCUGCGUCGCCGCCGCGAGGAUGUUGCCGUCGAGCUGCGGAAGCAGAAGCGGGAGGAGUCGAUGGCCAAGCGGCGCAAUUUGAAUAUCACGUCGGGGGAUUUGUCGGAGAGCGAGGAUGAGGGGAUGAGUUUCGGGACUGGCGGGCAGGACUUGCAGGAGUUGGUCAAUGGAGUCUACUCGAACGACGUCGAGGCCCAGACGUCUGCAACGGCGCGGUUCAGGAAGAUUCUAUCAAAAGAGCAAAAUCCGCCCAUCGAGGAUGUCAUCAAUGCAGGUGUUAUUCCAAAGUUCGUCGAAUUCCUGCGUUCGUCGAACCCGCUGUUGCAGUUUGAAGCCGCUUGGGCCUUGACCAACAUUGCGUCCGGAGCGUCCCACCAAACCCAAGUCGUCAUGGACGCUGGUGCCGUCCCUAUCUUUGUUGAGCUCCUGCGUUCUCCCAGUCCCGAUGUCAGAGAGCAGGCCGUCUGGGCUCUCGGAAACAUCGCCGGAGACAGUCCCAAAUGCCGUGACUUUGUUCUGGCCUCGGGCGCUCUUCAGCCUCUCUUGCAGGUUCUCAACGAGCCUACAAACAAGCUUUCCAUGCUGCGUAACGCCACCUGGACAUUGUCCAACCUCUGUCGUGGAAAACAACCUCAGCCUGACUGGCCCACGAUUGCGCCUUCCCUCGUCAUCCUCGCCAAGCUGAUUCACGCCAACGACGAGGAGGUUCUUACCGAUGCUUGCUGGGCAAUCUCAUACCUUUCUGACGGCGCCAACGAGAAGAUCCAAACCGUGAUUGACGCCGGAGUCUGCCGUAGACUCGUGGAGCUCUUACACCACCAUUCGCCCGCCGUGCAAACCCCCGCAUUGCGCUCCAUUGGCAACAUUGUGACUGGUGACGAUAUGCAGACCCAGGUCGUUAUCAACUGCCAGGCUUUGCCCGCUGUCUUGGGCCUUUUGAGCAGUCCGAAGGACGGAAUCAAGAAAGAGGCUUGCUGGACUAUCUCAAACAUCACGGCUGGGAACGCUAACCAAAUUCAGUCAAUCAUCGAUGCCAACCUGAUUCCGCCUUUGAUCAACAUUCUGAAUCACGGGGAUUUCAAGACGAAGAAAGAAGCGUGCUGGGCCAUAUCCAACGCUACUUCCGGAGGUCUUACCAGGCCUGAGCAAAUCAAAUACCUCGUCGAACAAGGGUGUGUGAAACCGCUCUGCGACCUCCUCGCCUCGCAAGACAACAAGAUCACCCAAGUCGCUUUGGACGGCCUCGAAAACAUUCUCAAAGUGGGCGACAUGGAACGCGUGCAAACGGGGGGGCAGAAUCUCAUGGCCAACUACAUCGAGGAAGCGCACGGCGUGGAGAAGAUCUACAACCUGCAGCUGCACGAGAACGCGGAGAUCUACAAGAAGGCGUACACGAUCAUCGACAAGUACUUUGCGGACGACGAGGAUGAGAAUGAGGGCGCGGCUAUGGCGCCGCAGGUUGACCCGACCACGGGACAGUUUGCGUUCUCGAAUGCGGUGGAUUUGCCCCAGGGCGGGUUCAACUUUUAGAGCGCUUUGCAACGUGGGAAUUCGUCACGUCCGCUAGCGGCCGGCAAAACGUCGCGCCCGCCCCCGCUUUUCGCAACAUCCCAAUUCUUUUCGUAU